AAUUGCGUUUUUAGAUGCCACAACGAAUGCGCCGGUGGAGAGAAUCCACUCACUAUAUCACCGACAGGAGGGACUAACCUUCUACAAUGACAUCACUCACUUCUCUCCUCGCGCUCAGCUCAUCGACUUGAGGUUACAGAAGGGUUAAUAGUCACCCGCUGCGGACGCAGGCAAUGUUUCACACCAUUCGUUGUCAAUUGUCACGCACCGACACUCCAAAAAGUGCUUCUUCGGGCAAAGGGAGCCUUUGGGGGCAUGAUGGCAGAGGAGAGCAGGGGCAAACGAAGGAAGCAAGCGAACCCGAGAAGGAAUCAAGUGGACAUUGAGCAGGCCAGUUCCCUGGGCUCGGAGGGGAAGGAUGAUGAUAAGGUGGGUUUGUGGAGCCUAGAGGUCCAGGACUAUCAGGACAGCCUGGACAAGACCAGUCUGACCCCCAGCGAGGGAGAGGGUGACGGGGAGGGGACUGAGCCAGCAGGCAGCCCCAGCCCUAGGGGCCUCUCAACUCGGCCCCACAACCUAAGCCUCAGCCCCAGCCCCAGAGGGGGCCACUGGGCAGAGGGGGCUGAGGAGGAGGAGAGCCCUGGGAGUGGGCUAACCAUGGAGGACAAGGAUGGAGAGAGGGAGCAGGGAUCACUCAAGACCUAUACAGGUCACAGGUCAGACAGUCAGGCCCUGGAGGACAUGGCCCACUAUGACUUUCUGGUGCAGCUGAGAAAGGCAUCCUCCCACCACCCUGCCUCCCACCACUACCACCAGCACCAUCAGCCCCCUAACGGCAGCGCUACAGCCCCAGCCAUGUAUCACCCUGGCAGCCUGAACCUUCACGAUGACCCCCUUCCCAUCUGGUCUCCUGGGACGCAGCGCUCACCUGAGGGACAAGAUGGCAUCCCUCUGAGUCCGGAUGCUAUUAGGAACCUUCAGGCAUGUCCUUUCUGCAAGCGCACCUACCACCUCGGUAUGUCUCUACACGAGCACAUCAAGUUCUGCCAUGAGCGGGACGGGGGGCACAUGGUGUGCCCGGUCUGUGGGUACACACCCCGCUAUAGGGCACAGAUGGAACAACACAUGGCACUGCACAGUCAGGUAGAGGAUAAGCACCAUGGGUCCGACCAUGGCAUAGAGAGCAGGAAGUUCAAGUGUCUUCAGUGUGGGAAAGCCUUCAAGUACAAACACCAUCUCAAGGAGCACCUCCGCAUCCACAGUGGUGAGAAACCGUACGAGUGCUCCAAUUGCAAGAAGCGUUUCUCUCACUCUGGCUCCUACAGCUCACAUCUCAGCAGUAAGAAGUGCCUGACCGGAGGAGGAGGAGGCAGCGGAGGAGGAGGAGAGGGGAGCUAUAACAACGGACAUGGCCACCAUGGGGCCUACUACUCCUCACUUGCGUCGCCCUCUGCAGGUAGUGGAAGGAACAGCAGUAGGAUGGGCUCUCCCUACCUUCCCCACACCCAGGAGGAACGUCCUCCAAUGGGGUUAGAGAGGAACCUAUAUCUCCCUAGAGACCAUGGUACGCGUCUCCUCCGGGGCCAGGAGCUAGGCUGGGAGUUGGGCCGGCGGUGGGACCCCACGCCGGAACGCUUUCUCCGGGCCAGUGUGUUCAAGGAGUCCACCCUGCUGCCGUACCUCCAUGCCGGCACCGGGGAAAAGUUUGAGCAGAUGCUGCAGGCGAUGCUGCACAAGGAGGAGGGAGGGUCUGGCUCAGCCAGGGAGGAAGGAAGACUGGGGGUUCACAAUGGCGGGAGAGAUGGGAAGGCAUCACCGGAGGCUCUGUUGAAACUAAAACGCGACCGUGCCGGCUCGGGUGAUGGCCAGGGGGUAAGUGGAGGGGUAACAUGUCGUUGGUGCUCCCAGCUCUUUCCCAGCCCCGCCAUCUUACUCCAGCACGAGCGCUACCUCUGUAAGAUUUACCGAGAGGCCAUGGAGGUGUCUGAGGAUCCUCGCAGUAAAAAACACCUCUCCCCCCUCUACUUCUCCACCAGACCCCCUCUCCACCCACCACCAUCACCUGAUAACCACAAACCCCCAGCGAUGACCAACGGUUUCCCGAAAGACAAGUCUCCUCUCCAGAGACCCAGCUGGAACUCUGUCCCUCAGCAGCUGCUGGUUGGCAUGCACUCCCCCUUCCCGCCCAGCCCAGACUCACUUGCCAUGAGGUCCCAUUGGUCCAGCCAGGAGAGUGGCAGGAGUGAGGUCAGCCCUGGCCACCCAGCACCAACCAGCCCUGCUACAGACAUGUCAUCCCCUCCCCCAUUGGGGCGAAGACGGGUCCCCUCUUCAGGGUUCGGCUCGCACCCCUGCCUGGACCUAUCCUCUGCCAUCCUCAACACUCCUGCAAGCCGAGCCGCCCCCCAGGGAAGGACCCAUCGGUCAUAUAGCUCUGAGAAUGACCAACCCCUGGAUCUCUCCCUCCCCAAGCCCCAGGAGGGGAAAGCCAUAGAGGACAGCAAGCCCUAUAAUGGACACCCUCACUGGGAAGAGAAGAGACAAAAGACCCAGAGAGACCAGGCAGAGAACCAGCACCACCGGAGGCUGAGUAUCAAUCUCAGUCCACCUCCUCACCAGCAUCAUGCAGUCUACAGCGGUGCUCAUAUUGACGGGGGUUCCAUCUACAGUGCCUACCCUCUGUUUAACCCUAUGAUGCCUGCUGGGCUCGCUGGCUCAGAGCAUGAUGGGGUUCCCUCCCUGCCCCUCAGCCGUCCAGUUAGCAACCAGGGAUUUCUCUCACCCAUGACCUACAUGAUGGAGUCAGACACAGACGCUGUGCUGAAGAGGAUCCACCAGGAGAGACGAGCAUUAAUGGGUGAGGUGAUUGGCCGCGGGGGUCUGGACUACCUCUCUCUGAUACAGGAGGGAGGAGAGGGCGAAGGGGUACCAGGGAGAAAGAGACUACAGAAGACAGACGAAGGCCUGUACGCUUGUGACAUCUGUGACAAAACCUUCCAGAAGAGCAGCUCUCUGCUCCGACACAAGUACGAACACACAGGUAAGCGUCCUCACGAGUGCAAGAUCUGCAAGAAGGCCUUCAAGCACAAGCACCAUCUAAUUGAACACAGCCGCCUGCACUCUGGAGAGAAGCCCUACCAGUGUGACAAGUGUGGCAAGCGCUUCUCCCACUCAGGCUCCUACUCCCAACACAUGAACCAUCGGUAUGCCUACUGCAGCCUGCACCAGGACCAGGAGGGGGGUGAGGAGAUUCCUCUAACCCCAGGAGGGCCCAUCGAUGUGGGCCACAUGGCCGUGGACACCCCCCUUUCCAUGGAGGACACCCCAACAUUUCUUAGUGACUCCAGUCUAGAUGGUGGGAUAGAAGGGAGAGUAGAUGAAGAGGAGGAAGAAGAGGAGCACGAGACAGAAGAGACUGAAGGCGGACGUAUGAAGGAGGCAUGUAGUUUGUCAGGGUCAAGGUCUGGUGAGGGAUUGGGGCCGAGCCCCAGUCUGGUACAGAGGUCCCCUGUGGGGAGGGACAGAGAGAGAGAACAGAGGGAGAGAGACAAAGAGCAGGUCGACAGACACAAUGAAGAGAGAGAGAGUGCUGGUCUAGGGACUCAUGGACUAGAGACCAACCAUCACUGGGACAAAGACACAUUGGAACGAAAUGGAGACCAGAACACAGACACAUACGAGCUGAGCCCGGAAGCUCCAGUGUCACAACAGUGGACAAGUGUGCCAAAACAAUGCAUCAAAACAUGUACAAAUAAGGAUUAAGAGCUGUGUGAAAAUAUAUUUUAAAAAUGCACUGUUCAAAAUAUAGCAAAACUUAUACUGUACAGGUACAGUAAGUGACUUCCAAUGCAAAGCCAUAUGAACACAACCAAAAUAAGAACCACAUGAACUGACAGCAUAACACAAAGUGCAUAGUAAGAGCCAUGGGUAUGAUAUUCACGCUGGUCGGUAUGUUAGCAUGCUCAAUGUUGACCACUACAUACCUAUCAUCACAGCUACCAGUUGACCACUUACGACUGGUUUAAGGUACAGGUGAAGGAGUAUGCACUGCAAGGAGAUGUUGUUCAUGUUGUUCUGUAGCAAGCAGUGUUGUUCAAUGUGUUUCCAGAUGCCUUAUCAGCAUAAUACAGUAUUUUGUAUUUGGCAAUACAAGUAUUCACUUUUGAAGGUUUUUAUAUCAGAUUUGACAUCAUUAUUCUCCAAAGACCAAGAGGUCUCUACUGUAUCAAACAAUUGACCUCUGUGCUUUAAAAUGAAUAAGCAAUAAAUAAUAACUAUUAUUCAAAUUAGAAUAAAGGAUUAAAGAUGUAUUAUGUUUUGCCACAGCUACAAAUUGGUUUAGGAUAUGUCCAUUGUGACUGUGGUCAGCUGUGCAUUAAUUAUGGGCAUUAGUAUGCAGAUAGAUUAGUGCCAAAUUAUGUAAAUUAGUUAUAUUGGCACUAAUAUACUGUAUCUCCAUACAAACACAGAUUUACCAUUGGGUUUCCAUGGUGACUAAUGAAUGGCUAAUAUACUGUCUAAAAGAUCAACAGUGAAGCCCGGUCACUACAAACGCUCACUGAAUGUUACACUGAGCCAUUAGGAAGUUGAAUGCUGGGUAAAUCGAUUUCUCCAUACCUUACCAUAUUUCUACACACAACAGAAAAACGAGAGUCAAAAUUAAAAUGGUUUUAUUUUGUUUUCUUUGAAGAAGGAGCAAAUAAAUUAAACUUGUACUGCCUCACAAAAUGUUCCAUAUCUCUUAGCAGACAUGUGGAGUUGCUUUGUCUCUAUUAGAAAAAACGCAAAUACAUUGUCUCGCUCUAUGAAAUAUAAGUGCAGUAUUAUGCUCGUACCACAGUGUAGGUUCUACUACAGUUGCCCUCGAAUAUAUUAGCACCCUUGCACGAUUCACUAUUUCUUCUCAAAUAAGUUGAAAUUGAAAAUCGUUUCAUGUUCACACGUUUAUUUGUUUGGUUAAUAACUGCACAGGGCCAAGAUCAUUUUUAAAGGUCCAAUGCAACCGUUUUUAUUGCAACAUCAAAUAAUUUCUGGAUAACAAUUAAGUACAUUGUUUUCAAUUUAAAUGGUUGAAAAUAAACGAAAAUAUAUUCUUAGCAAAGAGCAAUUUAUCAAGCAAGAAUUUUGCUAGGACUGUCUUAGAGUGCGGAGGGGAAAAGUGAAAACUAGCUGUUACUAGCAAAAAGGUUUGGAACUCUUUUGUCUUAUUGGUCUAUUAACUAAUUUACUGCAUGGUUACGUCACCAGGCAGGCCAAAACUCCUUCCCACCAAAACAGACUGAAAUUUCAGCCGAUCUUUUCAAACAGCUCUUACACUAAAAGGGCAUUAUAAUUUUCACAAUUUCACAGUAUUAUUCCAACCUCAUACUGAGGAAAUAUAUAUAAAACACAGGGAAAUCAUGUUUUUGACUGCACUGGGCGGUCAAUUAGAAUUACAAAACGGAAUUGAGAUUUUUCACUUCAAAUGGCCUGGAAUAAAUUACUCACAAUUCUAAUUAAUUUGGUUGGAGGCAGGCGAUUCUCGUUUACUGCGUAAUUGAUGUAACCUGUGGUAAGUAGCAGGGUAAAAAUAGCUAUUCAACCAGUUUUGAAAAGAUCCAUUCUGAUCCAUUUAUUGUAAAGUUUAAGGGUGCCAAUAGCACAACUGUUUAUGCCACCACAAUGAAAGCAGUUCUGGUGUAAACAUAAAAAUAGAAUUACUAGAACUGGACAUUCCCAUUCUUUCGGUCUCUAUUUCUAUGGGUGUGUCCACAGCAACAGAGGUCAAGGUCUCAGAACAGAUUCUAUAACAUUUAUCAUCUUCAUACUUCCUCAAUCUGACUGUGGUGUAGUCCAUGUGAAAACCGCCUCGGAUACACAGUAUUCAGCUACUGUGAGUCGUCUGUGACUUCUCUGCUACAGUCGAUAAGAUUGAGUUACAGAGAGCUGAGAUGUGACCAAGCCAGUGUCUUCAGUACAUACUUGACUACUGUACCUGUGUGGUAGUCCUGCUAACAUCUAAUGUGAAGUCUUCCUGACUUCAGAGUCUGGAAAGGCUGUUUUGAUGUUGUCAGCACGAUGCGUCGAUAAUUAAGGGGGCUGUGCUUUUACUGGUUGGCUCUCCUCCGUUGUCUUUCUCACUCAAACACCCACAUGCACAGCCACACACAGCCCCCUGAGCACAGCCCCCCUUCAAUUACAACUGUUGGAAUUGUAAAUCCAAACAAUGAGAGGUCUCAACUCCCCAGGAAAAAUAAUUGGACAUUUGAGAGUACCAAUUAAUGCGUCCACUCAAUUUCUGAGCAAAUAUUGCAUGUACAACGGAAUCCUGUCCAGACCAGUGUGUCACCCAUGGCCGUCAUACCUUUGCUCAAGACCAAACAUUUAAAGUAGGCUGAACAAAUGUACUAAAAUAAUUAAAAUCCCAAUUAAAAUGCAUAGCAGAGACCAGAGAAAGUGUCAGUCUGCUUUGCCAGUUAGUGCAUCCGAUUGCUUUGAAAGUGAUGUCGGCAUUUGAACUCGGCCUCGUAUACCUUGUUGUAAUCUGAUAGCCAUGUGUUCAUUUAAUUGGGAAUUGGGAGGUGAGGGAUCCCUCAUUUUUGGUGACCAUUCGAAACCAAAAUCUAUUUUAUUGCUAUUAAAAUAUAGGCUGUGAUAGCUAUAAUAGAUUUCCACCU